AUGUGCCACGGUCAACCCCGCAUCCACCCUUGCUCGCAUACCUCGGUGACAUGGCACUACUGUCCCUCGGCAUCACAGGACCCGGACACGGGUUAUGAGACGCCAUGCUCAAGUACGACCUUUGCUCCGAGUCAACAGACUACCGCCAACUGCCCUCUUCAGAACUGCCAGUUCAAAGACAUGGAGGGCAGUUGGACGUGUUGCGCUUGCAAGCAGGGUCCCAACACGCAAGGAUGGUGCACGAUGCCGACGGCGAGGCUCAAGAGGAACCCCGAGACUUUCGAGGUCGAGGCAUUUGAGACGACUUGCGACCACGGAUGCUGCAAGAACUGCACUCAUUUUAGCAUGAGCAACCCGCCAACCCCGGAUAUGGCAUAUGGGGGCGUCCGGAAAGGAGGCAGCAGCCGUGCAACCGGUCACGACUCGUUGGCUUCAGCCCACCCGGAGUCGUCAUCCGGAGCGUCUUCAGACUUAUCUUCGCGCUUUAAAAUCGACUUAGACUACACCACCGUCGGAAAGGACGCUUCGGCUGGUGAAAAAAGUCAAAAGAGCGGGCGUCAUUGA